GUUUUGACCUGUUGAAACUGCCGUUGUGUAUUUCAUAUGCAUAUUUAUGCAAUUUCUUUAAUAUUGGACGACAUUUUUCAGUUUCCCGGUUAUCGCACGAUGACACGUCAGGCGUGUUUAACCUCACUUAUCGGGGUAGACGGUUUUUCCGCGGUUUGGGUGCCGCGAAGUCUCUCGCCGCUUGUUCUUUAUCUUACAUGUUCUGUAUACAAGACUGAAAAGUAUGUUCGACGUACACUCAAUCUAAUAGUUAAAGCGCUUCCACGUAAACUCGAGCUUGCAGAAAUAUUUCGGCUCUUCAGCGAUCACGUACCAUGAAGAGCACACUAGCUACUCUGUUGAUUACUGUUUUAGUAAACAGUAUUGUUGCUGUUAAUCCAGAGGAGCAAGAAGGCGUUAAAUAUGCGAACAAGUGCGAGGUGUGUAAGGUCGUAGCGACCGAACUGGAAGCAAGAUUGGAUGAGACCGGAAAGACAAGCGAGGUCUUGGAAAUUGGAUACUCGUUAGAAGAUGUCAAGCCUAAGAAGGAGAAGGAAUAUAAGAAAUCAGAGCUACGGCUCGUCGAGUCCCUGGAGAAUGUCUGCGACCGAAUCCUGGAAUACAACAUCCAUAAGGAGCGGGAAGACAGCUCGAGGUUUGCCAAGGGAAUGAGCCAGACCUUUAAGACGCUCCAUGGUCUUGUAGAUAAAGGGGUGAAAGUUGAGCUAGGAAUACCAUACGAAUUAUGGGACAAACCUUCGGUGGAGAUCACGGCUCUUAAAGCUCAGUGCGAAAAUCUCAUUGAGAAUCAUGAGUCUGACAUCGAGGACUGGUAUAAUAACAAACAAGGGGAGGUUCCUCUCAUAACUUACUUGUGCUCCGAGCGAGCGUUGAAAGGUCAAGACGAUUCCUGCUUGAAAGAAAAAGGCGAUACCGGACGAGCUGAGCUCACCAAGGACAAGAAGCAAAGGAAAAAGAAAAAAAAGAAGAAGAGCUUAAACAGCGCGAAAUCUCCAGAAAGUGUCCCAAAGAAUGCUAAGGAAGAACUGUAGGAAAGUCAUACAUUCGUUCCGCAAAGUGUAACUGUUACGGAUGCCUAGUGAAUUUCACUCCGAGUAAAGUUUCCUUUCCGGUACUUACAUCACUACGCUCUUCGAUAAGAAGAAUGGAAGAACCCGCUUUGUUUCAAAGUGCCACAAACACGUUUUACACACAUGUAAUAGGACUCGUUUUAAAUUAUAACCUCUGCUUUAAAAAUGUUAACUCGUAAGUCAUAGCGAUCUCGUUUACUUCCAACAAAAUAUUUAUUUCAAAGUAAGAUUUGUUAGUCUCAUCAGGAAAGAUGAACAGACAACCAAGACUCCCUUCGAGAAGUGUUCCAAGGGAUUCAGUGUUCAAUACUCUUCUUUUCUAAAUAAUUAAUAAAAUCCAACCUCAAAGUU